GCGAGAUAAAUCGAAUCAAGAUCAACCAUGGCCGUCGUGAGCACAAGCUUGUCUUCCUACGUUGCCUUGUCGUGCUGCUGCCUGAUGGCGGCGGCUACACUUGCAGCUGCCGCGGCCAGUGAGCCGCGGUACAACGCCAUGUUCAACUUGGGCGACUCGACGUCGGACACCGGCAACUUGUGCCCCGACGGCCGCCUGCUGCUGACCGGUGUGUUCGGCAUCUUCGCUCGCCCCCCCUAUGGGAACACCUACUUCGGCAAGCCUACCUGCCUGUGCAGCGACGGCCGGGUCAACGUCGACUUCCUCUCGCAAGCGUUGGGGUUGCCGUUUCUCACGCCGUCCCUGGCGCACGGCAAGGACUUCCGGCAAGGUGCCAACAUGGCCAUCGUAGGCGGAACCGCCCGUGACUACGAUACCAGUGCGUACACCGGCUACGACGUAAAUCUUAACGGCUCCAUGAAGAACCAGAUGGAGGCUCUCCAACGGCUGCUGCCUUCAAUCUGUGGAACACCACAGAAUUGCAAGGAUUAUUUGGCCAAGUCCCUAUUUGUGUUUCAACUGGGGGAAAAUGACUACAGCCUCCAACUGAUUAAUGGAGCCACGGUAGAUGAGGCGAGCAAGAACAUGCCCAUCAUAGUGAGCACUAUUACAUCAGGUGUAGAGAAAUUAAUUACACUCGGCGCAGUGCAUAUCGUGGUGUCAAACAUUGCUCCGCUUGGGUGCUACCCAAUGUACCUGUUCAUUUUCCAGAGCUCCAACAAGAGUGACUAUGACGAGAACGGCUGCCUCAGAAACUACAACAUCUUGUUCAACAGGCACAAUGCUCUCCUCCGAAUCAGCCUCUCAAAGCUUCAAAAGAAGCAUCGGCGCAUAAGGAUCAUGUAUGCCGACCUCGCGAGCCACUUCUAUCACAUAGUUCUGGAUCCCAGAAAGUUUGGCUUUAAGACCGUCCUCACAAGCUGUUGCGGAAAGGCGGAUUCGCCAAACGGAUUCGAUUUGGAGGCCUUGUGCGGGAUGGACGGCGCGAGCGUGUGCCAUGAACCAUGGGGCCACCUCACUUGGGAUGGUAUGCACCCGAGCGACGCCGCCAACGAACGGGUAGCCAACGGCUGGCUCAACGGACCAUACUCCCAACCACCGAUUCUGAAGUGAAGCUCUUUGCUGAAUGCGUGAACAAAACAUCUGGAGAACUUUAGAAUGUCCUAUGUGUAUUGAAAAAUUAUGAAAUAUGCUAUAUGUAUUACGAUGUACUACCUCCGGUCCUACAUUAAUAAAAGAACGACAAGAAUUUAGGAUCGGAAGGAGUACUACUUUCUUCUGCAAGAACGUCCUAUAUGUAUUAAAAAUUAUGAAAUAAUAU